AUGCUUGAUCCGGACUCACAAGGUGAGGGAGCGCCCGAGAAUGAAGAUCAGUCUGUAUCCGACCCCGUUCCCGAGGUCUCAGAAGAGGAGCCAGCGGAGGACUUAGACACAGCUGAGCAUGAAGACAAUGGAGGGGUAGGGGUGGAUGUUCCACCGGCGACCGAAAGCGUUGAUGAAGCCGAAGUCGAGUCGAAUGCAGGGAGUGCAGCGGCAUCUGCAACCGAGCAACCAGAGGCAGUCCAAAGCAUUGCCGACGAAAGAGGCCCAUUGCCUUCCAAACCCCCUGAUGGUUCCACCAGCGAUAACAACAACGACCAAACGAAACCAGACGACCGCUCCCAGUAUCCUGCGCUGCCACCCCUCCCAACCCGCCGCCCCGAGACCCACACCACGUUCAGCGAGGCGGACAGCACCGGCAGCCGGUCGAUACCAACUACCCCCGCCGCGCAUCAUGUCACGUUCCAGACACCCGACGUCGGCGGGGCGAUGCCUGAUACGGACUCGUCGAUUGAUGAGUCGUCGGCUUUUGCACCGUCUCAGGCGAUUGAGGGAGAGGCGGUGGAGGAUAUGGCGGAGAAUGUUGCGUUGAUGGAUCCUAACGACCCGCUCAUGGAAAGGGUGCAAGCCGCCCUCUACAAGCAACUCUCGGAGCGUCGCUCCAAAAUGGAACUAGAGUUUCGAGAGAAAGAGGACUCGGUGCGCGUCAGCCUCGCCAAGCGUGAGGCGGUCGGUGUUGAGCUGUAUACGCUGCAGCAGCAGUUGGCGAGGCAGCAGGCGGUGCUAGAGAGCACGCAGGACAAUUUGAAUGUCAUUCGGGGCUUCAGGGAGGAGGCGGAACGGAUGUUGAGGCAGGCGAGCUCGCAGUGGAAAGAGCAUAAGGAGAAGGCAAAUAAGAGCUCGAAGAUCCUGGAGGGCCAAAAAUCCGAACUGGAAAAGCUAGCGCAGACCAUCAAGCAAGUGGAACGGUAUAACGAAGAGCUAAAAUCCAAGAUCCUCGUUGCAAAGCGGAGCACGAUGAAGGCGGAGGAGGAUCUUGUCAAGCAGGAGCAGGACAAAAAGCGUCAGGAUUACUUCAUUGACCGGUUGACCGACCAACUGAGAAGGCUGCAAGAACGGCGGGCACUUUUCGAAACGCAGCUUAUGGCUCAGCAGAAGGAGACCAAGGCUGCGAUGGAGACGCUGCACGAUGCGGCCACCGAGAUGGAGGCCAUACAAUUCGAGAAGCGGCAGCUGCUCCAUCAGUGGAACAGCAGCCUCAUUGGCCUCCAGAAACGAGAAGAAGUCAUCCAGGAGAUUGAAGGGGGUAUCCAAAAAAAUAAGAACACCCUCCUGACCAUGAACGGCGAAGUAUCUGGUUACCGGCUCCAGCUCCGCAAAGCGCAAGAGCAGAACGAAGCGCUCACGGUUCUGCUCAACAAGCUCGACGCCGAAGUCAGUCACCUCAAACGCAACAUUGCGAAUAUCAAUGAGCAGAGGGAGAAGCUCAAUGAGAGCUUCAGUCUCUAUACCAAGAGUUUGGAUCAGACUGAAGGGGAGUUGGCUAUGGUUAUGCAGGAACGCCGAGCCCUUCAAACCGAACUCUCCUCCGUCGAAAAGCGCCGGAGGCAAGCCAUUGCAGCCACCCAAAAGCUCGAAUCGGAGAUUGCCGAGCACCUGCAAGCCCAGCUCUACAUCUCCAAAGGCACGCAAGGCACUCAACGCGACAACACCAAAUUGCGAGCCGAGAUCCACGAAAAGGAGUCGGCGAUCGCUAAUGUGCAGAAUGAUCUGGGGCAUAUCCGGCUCGAGACGCUGAAUGUCACGGCUACAAUUCGUGGGAUGAAGGAGGUUGUUGGGCGGUUGGAUCGGGAAUUAGCUGACCGGAACGGGUUGGUGGAGAAGUAUGAGAUGGAGAUUAGGCGACGGAAUGAUGAGCUGGGCAAGAAGCAAGGGGAGGUGGAUAUGCUGAAUAAGAAGUAUGACCAGCUUACUGCUAAGAACCAGGACGAAUCGAUGGGUCCCCUAGAAGCAACCAUCUACAACCUCUCCCGUUCAGUGCAAAGCAAAGAAAAAGAAUGCUCGCAACUCUCACAGUUCUGGCUCCGCUCACAGAACGAACUGGUCUCGCUCACCCAACGCACUGGCGAGAUUGCAGAGCAGACGAGUGAGCUGCAGAUGCGGUUGACUGUGCUGAGUAGAAAGAAGAUGGUUGUUAAUGGCGCAUUCGAAACGGAACUGAAAGAGAUCCGGAACCACGAACGCAAUAUCCGGCAGCUGCAGCACGAUAUGGUCAAGAUCAACACGCUGUUGACCAAACAUGCCGUCGUGCAGAACAAACUGGAGGAGAAUAAUCUCGGGUUGGAGCAAGAGUUUCGGGGGAGGCUGAAGAAUGCGGAACUGGAGUCUAUCCACAUGGAGCAAAACGUCGUCGACCUCCGCGCGGAAAAACAACGCGCACUCAUCGGUCUCGUCGAAGCCGAACGUCAAAUGAUGCUCUGGGAAAAGAAGAUCCAACUCGCACGCGAAACGCAAGCAGCGUUAGACCCGAACGUAGGCGCGAGCGAAAUCCGGGAGAUGGAAGCCGAGAUCCACCGGAUGAAGCUCCGGCAUGCGAGUAUGCUGAAGCUGCAGGAGAAGAUGAUUGGGGAGAUGGAGAAGAGUGUCUGGAGGAGGGAUAGUAUUGCGUCUAGAUCCCAGACGAAAGGAACGGGAGGGGGCCAGAUCAAUCUGCAGAAUGCGAUUGCGGAUCUGACCAAGAAGAUCCGGUCGACCUUAAAUGAGCUAAAGGAAUGCGAUACCGACAUAUCGACCCUCCAAUCAACCCAAUCCAACCUCCAAUCCCAGCUCGACGCCACACAAACCUCCGCCCAAACCCUGCACUCACAGUCAGAGACGCUCCAAUCCCAACUCGCGCAAAAGACCAACCUCAAAUCCCUUCUGACUUCCCAAACACUGCUUUCCCAACGCACCGCGCGGCGAUAUAGGGACUACGGGGAAGGGAAAUAUGUGUUCCUGGUCAAGGAUGUGGCGGCGAGGGAGGCGGAGAGGGAGAAGAUGGAGGGUCGGUUACGGGGGAUUGAUGGUAUUGUGAGGGUGCUCGGGCAGGAAGGGGGGGAGGCCGUGAAGAGGGAGGUGGAGGUGGUCGGGAUGUUGCUGCAGGGGGGGUUGGCGGGGAGGUGA